CAUUAAUCUGACCGACGACGACGACGACGACGACGAAGUGUUCUCGAUUCUCGGCGUGCGGAAUCUUCUUUCCCGAAACCCUAACUCUUAUCGAUCGAUCGAUCGAGCUUUAGUAGCGAGCGAUAAUGGCCAACAGUAAUCUUCCCCGAAGAAUCAUCAAGGAAACUCAACGUCUGCUCAGUGAACCUGCUCCUGGGAUAAGUGCGUCUCCAUCUGAGGAAAACAUGCGUUACUUCAACGUUAUGGUUCUUGGUCCUUCACAAUCACCUUAUGAAGGAGGUGUUUUCAAGUUGGAGCUCUUUUUGCCUGAAGAAUACCCUAUGUCAGCCCCCAAGGUUAGGUUUCUCACCAAGAUAUACCAUCCUAACAUUGAUAAGCUUGGGAGAAUUUGUCUUGAUAUUCUGAAAGACAAAUGGAGCCCUGCUCUACAAAUACGAACAGUGCUUUUAAGUAUCCAAGCUCUGCUGAGUGCACCAAACCCUGAUGAUCCCUUGUCCGAGAACAUCGCUAAGCAUUGGAAGAGUAAUGAGGCAGAAGCUGUGGAGACAGCUAAGGAAUGGACCCGUCUUUACGCAAGUGGCGAAUGAUGCAGUGUCUAGCUCAUCCAAAUAACAUUACAUUUGGUUAAAUCUUAUCCUUUGCUGGUUCUUCCUCCUCAUUACGAAGUUGUAAUCUCUCUGAAUGAUUGUAUCAUUAACUAAUACAGUCAAGACAUUUACUAGUUGCAUUCCAAACGAAAUAAGAUAAAAGGCCAUUGUAUUA